CUUUCUUCUAUAGCUAAAAACCCUCAGAAACACAACCCACGAAAGAAACAAAGUGUGGUACAUAUACAUAUAAAAUAUUAAUUUAAGAUAAUUAUUGUGAUUAAGUAGUUAGUUACAACUAAGUUGAUUUGAAGAUCGAGCUACUAAUCAUGGGUCAUCACUCAUGUUGCAACCAGCAAAAGGUGAAGAGAGGGCUUUGGUCACCAGAAGAAGAUGAGAAGCUCAUUCGAUAUAUCACAACUCAUGGCUAUGGAUGUUGGAGCGAAGUCCCUGAAAAAGCAGGGCUUCAAAGAUGCGGAAAAAGUUGUCGAUUACGAUGGAUAAAUUAUCUCCGGCCUGAUAUCAGGAGAGGACGGUUCUCUCCUGAAGAAGAGAAAUUAAUUAUAAGUCUUCAUGGAGUUGUAGGAAACAGGUGGGCUCAUAUCGCAAGUCAUUUACCUGGAAGAACAGAUAACGAGAUAAAAAAUUAUUGGAAUUCAUGGAUAAAGAAAAAGAUACGAAAACCGCACCACCACUAUAAUCGUCAUCAACCAUCUAUAACUACUGUGACAUUGAACGUGGACGCUACAUCAACUGCUACGGGUGCCCCCUCAAGUACCACUACUUCGACUAUCGAUAACUUGCAUUUUGAUGGUUUUAUGGAUUCUCCUAACCAACUAAAUUUCACCUAUGCUCAAGAAACUACUACCAAGAUUCAAGAAACCCUUUUCUCCCAUAAACCUCCUCUUUUCAUGGUAGACACAACACUUCCUGUCCUUGAAGGAAUGUUCUCUCAAAACAUCAUCACAAACAAUAACAACAAUAACAAUGAUCAUGACACACAAACAGGAGGAAGAGGAAGUGUCUUCGAACAAGCAUUUCUGACACAUAACACGGAACAAUGGGAUAUGAAUCCUCCUCAACAAGAACGGAUUCAAGUUCCUACUAUGGUGUCAGAUUUGUUCAACAAUUCUACCAAUUCAAAUACCGAGACAUUUACAAGUUACAAACUACCGGCGCUGGCCGAGGGAAAUGUUGAUAACAUCUCCCAAGUUGAUCAAAAUAGUAAUGCUCAAGAUGGAGAUAUAGCGUCCACAUUCGAAUGCUUAAGGAAGCAAGAACUAAACUAUGAUCAGUGGAUAAAUUCACAACAGUGCUCUAAUUUUUUCUUCUGGGACAACCUUAACAUUAACGUGGAAGGUUCAUCUCUUGUUGGAAACCAAGAUCCAUCAAUGACCUUGGAAUCCUCUGCCUUAUCUUCUUCUUAUUUUCCCUCUUUAUUUUAAAUUAAUGAAUAAAUCACAUGAGAGAAACUCACGCUAAUUUGUCUAUAUAUAAGUUUGUUUCUUUA